AUGCCUACCAACUUUCCCACGUUGAGGUCGCGUUCGCGCAGACGUAUUGCAGACCACCUACAAGCCCGCAAUCAAGUGAUCGGUGCGGUAACUCAAGUUUACAACCGGAUUGAAAGGUAUAGCUCUGCUCAGGUUGACCCUGCGUCGUACAAGUUUCUGGGGAUCGAUUUUGGAUUGCUCCAGCUAGACGAGAAUGGAAGUCAUCUCCAUCCCACAAACUACGAUCCCUCUGACCUGACGUUUUUCGAACCUCGAGGGGCCUCGUGGGUUCCCCCUGUUGUCAUUACCAACCCCAACUACGCGGACCACCUGAGGGUUCUAACUGAGGAAUGGGACACUGUUCAAGAUCACCUGUUAAUCUUCUAUCCCAGGCAUCGAGAUGGUCGAGUCCCACCUAACCUCAGACAAAUGUCGCAGUGGCUAGAGAGCGGUGAUAUGGUGCCAUCAGUUGUCGCUGACAAGUUUUACUCGGCUAUUUUCGGAUCAAUUCGAUGGUCACUAUCCGCCGCAUUUGUGCCAAAGACACUACUGUAUCCGUCCGGGGUACCCCCGCACACUAUGAUCAUGAUUUUGAUUGGCGAGCAGCCUAGCGAAGAGCUAUUGCGGGUAGAGGUAAUGACUAUUACCGCAGUUAUGAUCACACGGCUGGAAGGCGAGGAAUCGUUGGCGUACAACACCAUCCCAGUUAUGGCUAUUACUAUAUUCGGGCAACUGAAAGCUAGAGUGAUCGAAGCCCACACCAGUCAACAGGGGGUUGUUAUCAAGAAGGCGCGGCUUUUUGACUUCUCGACGAACGAACUUGCGAACAAAAGUAUGAACAUCCUACUCGGAUUCAUGUGCGCCGACCUAGUCGGAGACCCUAAGGGACCCAUCUUCCUCCCCAAUAUUGUUGGGGGCUCGCCAAAAGCCGAUAAGUCGGAGGUAGCCAAGGGUGGAACGUUGCGGAAGCUUUUCGGGAAGAGGCGCCCUCGAGCCGGGUCAGAUGCAGAGUCGGAGUUACCGGAAGAAGUCCUCAGAUAG